CCAGACUGGGGCCGCUCAGCUGUUCGCAUGUGUUUAUGUCUGUUUGUGUAUACCAGUGUGUGUGAGUGAGGGGCUCAGUGUAGCUUUGUGGCUGAUGCUGACAGUCAGGGAGGCGCAGGGCACAGGCACAAAGUGAGAAGAGAGAGAGAAAGAGCGAGAGAUAAUGCCAUUAUGUGGCCACCGAGGGAGUGUCAUGAAGCCAAGACAGUGCUGAUACCAUGGAGACAGAGCCAAGCCUUCCGGCGGAUACGCCGAGAGCCUCCAUGCCGGACGAGCUGUGCCAUCCUUAUUCCAAAUUCUCCGACUGGAAGUUCAAGCUCUUCCGGGUGCGGUCCAUGGAGAAGGCGCCCUUGCCCAGUGAACCUCCCUUGGAGAAGGAAGCGCAGCUGAGGGUGGAUGUGCAGGGGGAUGCCGGGGGCCUUCCUGGGAGUGUUAUGAAGCUCUGUUUGGGGGGCAAGAGCAAGGAGAAUGUGGAGGGGGCUGGCAGGCGUGUGGAUCUCAAGCUUCAGGAGAUUGACACACACAUGAACCAUCUCAGGUCUUUAUGUCGCUUAUGUGGCAUGAUUCUCAGGAAAGCCAAAGGCCCAGAGCAUGAAGUCCAGGGAAACUUGGAUGAGUCCAGCAAGUGUGCCCUGCGUAGGAUGGGUUGCAAGGCUUCUAGCUGGUCUGAAGUCAUUCUGAAGGUGUUUAAAGUGGAUGUGAGUGGAGACAUGGAAACCAUCCACCCCUCAAUGUUCUGUCACCGAUGCUGGACAGUAGCCAUGAGAGGAGGGGGGUUCUGUAGCUUUACUAGAACACGGGUCCCUGUGUGGAAGCCUCAUACCUCACAUUGCCUGCUCUGCUUCCCCAAGAGACUCAUACUUCAGAGGAGGGGAAGGAAGAGAAGCAAACCACUACGUAGUGCACAUUGCCUGCCCAAGAGGACCAAGAGAGACUCUUCAACACCCACGGGGGGCAACAGAGUGUGGAGACAGACCACAGACAACUCAGAAGCAUUUGGCUUGAGGUCAUGGGUAAAACCAGCUGCUCAGAAAACCCUUUGGGUAAAGAAUAUAACUCGCUGUCAGAAAGACCACCUAAGCUAUCAGCUACUCCCUGGCGAUCUCCCAAAAGACUUUGUGAAUGGUGUUACCUGCCAGGUGUGUGAGCACCUGCUCUCUGACCCGGUCCAGUCCCCGUGCCUUCACCUCUUCUGUCGCACCUGCAUCCAGAAAUACAGCCAAUCUUUGGGUCCCCAGUGUCCAUCCUGUGGCAUCCUUUUUAACCCAUGUGACUUGACUAGCCCUGCCAAAGCCUUUCUCUCCGUUCUCAACUCUCUUCCUCUGGUCUGUCCAAGAGAAGGCUGUGGGGAGUGGGUCAGAUUAGACUCCUUCGGAGACCAUUGUCUGAAUCACUGCCUUGAAACAAAUGACGACGAGGGACAGGAUAAUCCAGAGCAGAAUCUGGAUGGCUACCUGCCUGUCAACAAGGGUGGCCGUCCUCGACAGCACCUGCUCUCGCUAACACGAAGAGCGCAGAAGCACAGGUUGAGAGAGCUGAAGAGUCAGGUGAAGGUAUUCGCUGACAAGGAGGAGGGUGGAGAUGUGAAGGCCGUGUGCUUGACACUGUUCCUGCUGGCAUUAAGGGCUGGGAAUGAACACAGGCAGGCUGAUGAGCUGGAGGCCAUGAUGCAAGGCAGGGGGCUUGGCCUGCACCCUGCAGUGUGUCUGGCCAUACGGGUCAACACCUUCCUCAGCUGUAGCCAGUACCACAAGAUGUACCGCACCGUCAAGGCCACUAGCGGACGCCAGAUCUUCCAGCCCUUGCACACCCUCCGUACUGCUGAGAAGGAACUUCUCCCUGGCUUCCAUCAAUUUGAGUGGCAGCCUGCUCUCAAAAAUGUGUCUACCUCUUGGGAUGUAGGCAUCAUUGAUGGACUCUCUGGCUGGACAGUCUCUGUAGAUGAUAUACCAGCAGAUACCAUUGCUAGAAGAUUCCGCUAUGAUGUGGCACUAGUAUCAGCUGUCAAAGACUUGGAAGAGGACAUCAUGGAGGGACUAAGGGAAAGAGGGUUGGAUGACAGCACUUGCACUUCAGGUUUCAGUGUGGUGAUCAAAGAGUCAUGUGACGGCAUGGGAGAUGUCAGUGAGAAGCAUGGAGGAGGGCCAGCUGUUCCGGAGAAGGCGGUGAGGUUCUCUUUUACAGUGAUGUCCAUCACGGUUCAAGUGGAAGGUGAGGAAGAAGCAGUCACAAUCUUCCAGGAGCAAAAACCCAACUCAGAGCUCUCCUGCAGGCCCCUGUGCCUGAUGUUUGUGGAUGAGUCUGAUCACGAGAUGCUGACUGCCAUCUUGGGUCCUGUAGUGGCAGAACGUAAAGCUAUGAAGGAGAGUCGCCUCAUUUUGUCCAUAGGUGGGCUUCUUCGUUCCUUUCGCUUUUACUUCCGAGGCACAGGCUACGAUGAGAAGAUGGUGAGAGAAAUGGAAGGGUUGGAGGCUUCAGGCUCCACUUACAUCUGCACUCUGUGUGACUCCACACGAGCUGAAGCCUCUCAGAACAUGGUGCUGCACUCUAUCACCCGAAGCCAUGAGGAAAACCUUGAGCGCUAUGAGAUUUGGAGAACCAACCCUUUCUCCGAGUCUGCAGACGAGCUGCGGGAUCGAGUCAAAGGGGUCUCAGCUAAGCCUUUUAUGGAGACCCAGGCCACGCUGGAUGCCUUGCACUGUGACAUUGGCAAUGCUACAGAGUUCUACAAGAUAUUCCAGGAUGAGAUCGGCGAAAUGUACCUAAAAAACAAUCCAACUCGAGAGGAGCGUCGACGCUGGCGAUCAGCCCUUGACAAGCAGCUGAGGAAGAAGAUGAAGCUGAAGCCAGUGAUGAGGAUGAAUGGAAACUACGCCCGGCGGCUGAUGACCCGUGAGGCCAUGGAGGUGGUGUGUGAGCUGGUUCCUUCAGAGGAGCGUCGCAAGGCCCUGAGAGAACUGAUGGAGCUGUAUCUCCAGAUGAAGCCCGUGUGGCGCUCCACCUGCCCAGCCAGAGACUGCCCUGAUCAACUCUGCCGUUACAGCUUCAACUCCCAACGCUUUGCUGAACUCCUGUCCACCACAUUCAAAUACCGUUACGAUGGCAAGAUUACCAACUACCUCCACAAGACUUUGGCCCACGUGCCUGAGAUUGUGGAACGAGAUGGCUCAAUUGGUGCUUGGGCCAGCGAGGGGAAUGAGUCUGGGAACAAGCUUUUCCGCCGCUUCCGUAAAAUGAACGCCAGGCAGUCCAAGACAUUUGAGUUAGAAGACAUACUAAAACACCACUGGCUAUACACAUCCAAGUACCUGCAGAAGUUCAUGGAGGCUCACAAGAAUUCUGCCAAAGCACUGCAAGCCACCAUCAACCCAGAGGAAUGCCCAGAUGACUUGGAUAUGGCAGACAUACCAGACUUUUGAAAGUCUGAGGGUUGUAGGGGUACUUUGACUUUAAUAUACUUGGACAUUUCCUUACUUGACUUUUUUAUGGGUGUCUUGAUAUGACACUUCUCAAAUAACUGACUUUUCUCUUCAGAUAAGCUUUAACACCAUGUUGAAUUACUUUAUUGAUUACCCUUUAUCAUUUUAUAUGCUUGUCUUUAAAGUUGGUGUCAUUUUUUUUCAUGGCUGAGAUAAGAUUAGGAGGGAAUGGCUAUUCUUUCUUCUCAGGGUUUGCAGGCAAAUUUUUGUAUUUCAUCCUCGGCUGCUGGUGAAAUAUGGGAUAGUUUAUUGUAUUACUGGGUUAUGACACAUUCAUGAAUUUAUACAGAAGGAUUAUUUAUGGAACCAGAUGAAAGCACUGUAAGUCACAGAAGGGGAAUUGCUUUAAAAGAGCCCCGUUUAUGAUUGCUGUAUUAAUUUAUCACAGAGGGCAGAGACAAAAUGGAAUUAGGAAAACUCAAACUGCUUCAGUUUCAGAAGAGCUAGUGAAAAGGAUUACUUUAGUGUCAUAUAUCAGAGACCUCUUGAAAAAUAGCAGCGGAGCAAAAAUGACUUUGAACGACCCCAUACUGCAUAUUUACACGUUUGCACAUUGCAGGAGACACGCUAUUAUUCUACCUCCGUUUUUAAUCAUCUUGAGAUUUUGCACCCACCUGAACACUUAGCAUUAAUGCAGAGGAGACAGUCAGAUAAAACCACUAUGCUAUAUCACAGUGCUCUUUUUUCACUGUUCAUUUUUCAUUGUUCAUUAUAACAUACUUGUUUUGUGUCAUCUGUCUGAUUGAUUGAUUGAUUUGUUAUUUGACUUUAUUUACUUGUUUGACUUUAUUUACUUUACUUGAUUAAUUGAUUACAGCUCAGCUCAUUAUGCAAUAUAGGUACUUUAAUGGUAUGUUUAGUUGAUUUAUUGAUUGAUUAAGUUGUUUUAAUAUACAACAUUAUGUACUUUAUUGAUAUCUUUGCUUGGUUGAUUGAUUGAUUGAUUGAUUGAUUGAUUGAUAUUAUUUCAAUACCCAGCAUAAUGUAACCAUUGAACCUGUUAUUAUGAGCCAAAAUGAAUGAGCAAUUUGUGGAAAUGCAGUUUAUUGUUAUUCAUUUUGAUAGGUUGUUGUUACUGACAUGUGACAUGCUGUCAGCUCUAAUGUACUUUUUACAUGUGGACGUAUCUGUUUGUUAAAUGAUGGACAUGGUUUGUGUAAAAAAGACUCUGAUUAUAUGGCUGUUGGCCAAGAGCCUCAGCUAUGUUUAUGUCAAUUUUUUAAGUGUGUCAUAAUUUGAAACAAAACACUUUCAUGCACAAUUUAUACACACAUUUUCAUUGCAGUUUGUUGAUUUGCACACAAAUACUGUUCUCUCUCCAGUUUUCUUUCUUAUGAGAGCGUAAAUGUGACUGCUUUAACACAAAUUCAUUGAUCUUGUUCAGAAUGUCAAUGAAGUGUUUCAUACAUAUUCACUUUAAAACAGUUUUUGACAUAAUUGUUAAAUGUGUUCAUGAUUAAUAAAAUGCAUUGUAAUAAAAUAAGUUGCAGCAUUAUUGUCUUCCAAAAAACAUCUUCAUUUAUUAUCUUCAGAAACACAAGUGAUCAAUUUUUAUUAUUCUUUUUAUUUCAAAUCACUCAAGAAAUACAUUUUCCAAGCAUUUAUUCUCCAUAACACUGGAAUUAUAUUAUCAUAACCUGAAGAAACA